AUGCUGCGGGUGCUGGCGACGCUGGCAUUGGUGCUUGUCGCUGUGCGCGCUGCAAGCUCCGCGGGCGAAGAGAUCGAUGACCAGGUGAAAGCUUGGCUCGAAAACUACAUGGAAGACGGCGAGACGCGGCUCUUUCCGAACGAUAUAAAGAGCGUGUGGGGCAGCACUAUCGGUAGUAGCCUAACUGCAAACUGGAAGGCUCUGCCCAUUGUGUGUGAUGGCAAACCGUCCAUCCAGACCAAGUCUAGCGCGCUCACGCCCAAUGGCGGCUGCCCAGAUGUCUACACGAACGUCGGAGUGAGCUGUACAUGUCUCGAGGGCUACGACAAUUCAACUGAAUGGGAAUUUUACAUCCAGUCGCGGUCGGAAUUGACCGACCAGCCUCUCACACUCGCGUUCGGCGCCACACUGGGUCUCACAUCACUCGUAACUAUCGUCGCUCCUGACGACCUGACGUCCAUCAAAAUCGUCGGAGUUGGAGAGGACGCGGUUACGCUUAAUGUCACGGCGGAAGCUACUGGAUGGGACAAUUACGAUACGUCCAAUCCGUCCCUUCUUGAGGUGGGCACUACGUCAGCAUUGGAGAAAAUUACGAUGGAGAAUGUGGACUUGUACUCUGCUCUGGACGCCUCGACGGACUACAUUCCUCUUGCGAUCCAAAAUCUGACUCUCCGCUACACGAAUAUUAGUCAGGUGACAGCGACAUUUUUACAGGGCUUCGCUAGUCUUGAGUACCUGGAUCUAUCACACAACAAGCUGUUCGGCACGUACUCUCGUAUCUCGUCGCAAAUGUGCACAGCCAACCCAUGCCCACUCAAGUCUAUCAACGUGAGCAACAACGCGUUGACACAGAUCCCGUACCGCAUGUUCUAUCUCAACCAGCUCAAGAGCUUGUAUCUGGAGAACAAUGCUAUCCAGAACUGGACCAUCUCGAGUGAAUUGUACGAGAACAUUGCGGGACUCACGAAUUUUAACAUGGAUCCACCCAAUGACGCGUACACAUGUGACAACGGCACGUGGAAGGCUGCACAUGGCAUUGAUUUCUGUGUACUGGACAGCACGACAGCCUCGACGUCGUCGGAUUCUUCGUCCAGUAGCAACAGCUAUCUCAUCUACGUGAUCGUAGCGGCCUGUGUGGUGGUCUGUGUCUUGAUCUUUGUGUUCAUCCGACAACGUCGUGCACACAACUGCCGCAAAGAGCGCGAUGAGUCGGUAUUUGACCACACGUUGUCGUUUGAUUCGCACUUCACGGCUAACACCAACAUCAUCAACGAUCCACUUAUCAUCGCGCAUCGUAUUCCGUUCAAGGACGUCAAAGUGGCCAAUUGUAUCAACAAAGGAGGCUUCGGACUCGUGUACAGUGGUGUGUACAACCGUCGUCGUGUGGCUAUCAAGCGCAUUAGAACGGAUUUAUGCCAAGAUAUGAAGCACGUGGAGGCUUUUAUGAAGGAAGUUUGCCUCAUUUCGACACUGGAGCACCCUCGAAUUGUCGAGUUUAUCGGUGUGGCGUGGGAUACACUACGCAAUCUGAGCGCUGUGACGGAGUACAUGGAGCGUGGGGACUUACGUGAGGUUCUACGCAGCUUCCAGCUCCGUAAUACUCCGCUGACGUGGGAAGCACACAAGUUUCGCAUUACUCAGCAUAUUGCAGAGGCUUUGACGUAUCUGCACUCGUUGGAUCCAAAGCUGAUCCACCGCGACCUCAAGUCCAAGAACGUACUGCUGAACACUGAGAUGGAGGCCAAACUGAGUGACUUCGGUGUGUCUCGUGAACGCCACGCCAUGGAGACGCACAUGACGGCAGGUAUCGGAACGUCUUUCUGGAUUGCUCCGGAGGUUCUACUGGGUAAAGACUACGACGAACGUGCCGAUAUUUUCUCCUUGGGUAUUGUCAUUUCAGAGAUUGACACUGAAGAUUACCCAUACUGGAACGCGAAGAACCCGCCUCAAGGAGGGAAGGUGGAGGAGACGGCGAUUCUUCGCAUGGUCGCUGCAGGAGAACUCAUCCCGGACUUUACGGAGAACUGUCCCACGGCGGUGCUGGAGCUGGCAAAGGCUUGUCUGUCUCUUAACCCAGAUGACCGUCCGUCAGCUACAGAAGUAGUCUACGCUGUCCAGCAGAUCAUGAGUCGUUCUUCUGUGAGUUAUGGAGGUGGUGCUAGCAUGGAUUGGUCGUCAUCUUCGUCUCAACACAUGUCGAUAUAACCAGCCUGGUCUACAGUAGUUAGAAGUUUUGGGGGAGCUAGCAUAAGGUAUAAUGUCAAUAGUGUUUGAACGUGUCGA